AUUUAAUUUUUUUUUUCUUUUUUUUAAAUGCGAAAAUAUCUCUCCACUUUUUUCCCUUUUAAUUUUUUAAUACUCUUUCAUCCGAGUGUAUAAACAAAAUGGCACAAAUUCACGAUAAAUAUCAGUCACCUUUAACUUCACGUUAUGCUUCUAAAGAAAUGGCUUAUAACUUUUCUGAAGAUAAACGUUACUCAACUUGGCGUCAACUUUGGACCAACUUAGCCAUUGCCGAGAAACAACUUGGUUUGACAGAUAUUACUGAUGAGGCCAUUGAACAAAUGAAAGCCAACAUUUAUAACAUUGAUUAUGCUGUUGCUGCUGAAGAAGAAAAGAGACGUAGACAUGAUGUUAUGGCUCAUGUUCAUACCUUUGGACUUGUUGCUCCUGCUGCUGCUCCUAUUAUCCAUUUGGGAGCUACUUCUUGCUAUGUUACAGAUAAUGGUGAUUUAAUUAUUCUCAGAGAUGCCUAUGAUAUUAUCAUCAAAAAGCUUGUUCACGUUAUUGAUAUUCUUUCCAAAUUUGCCGAGGAAUAUCGUGCUAUGCCUACCUUGGGCUUCACACAUUUCCAACCUGCUCAACUUGUCACAGUCGGUAAACGCGCGACUUUAUGGAUUCAAGAAUUAUUAUGGGAUUUACGUAACUUUGAACGUGCUCGUGAUGAUCUUAAAUUACGUGGUGUGAAAGGUACUACUGGUACUCAAGCUUCCUUUAUGGCUCUCUUUAAUGGUGACCAUGAAAAGGUAGAGCAAUUAGAUCAAUUAGUGACUGAACUUUCUGGCUUUAAAGAAGCCUAUCCCGUGUGUGGACAAACGUACUCCCGUAAGAUUGAUAUUGAUGUCUUGCAUCCCCUUUCAGGUUUUGGUGCCACUGCUCAUAAGAUUGCCACUGAUGUUCGUCUGUUGGCUAGCUUAAAGGAAAUUGAAGAACCCUUUGAGAAGGAUCAGAUUGGUUCAUCUGCUAUGGCUUAUAAGCGUAAUCCUAUGCGUUCUGAACGUGUCUGUUCACUUUCUCGUCAUUUAAUGUUGCUUGUCAAUGAUGCUCUUCAAACCAGUGCUGUUCAAUGGUUUGAACGUACUUUAGAUGAUAGUGCCAAUCGUCGUAUCUCUCUUCCUGAGGCCUUCUUGACGACUGACAUCAUCUUGACCACUCUCCAAAACAUUUGUGAGGGUAUGGUCGUCUAUCCCAAGGUGAUUGAGCGUCGUAUUCAACAAGAAUUACCCUUUAUGGCUACCGAGAACAUCAUUAUGGCUAUGGUUAAAAAGGGUGGUGAUCGUCAAGAGUGUCAUGAACAAAUUCGUGUCUUGUCUCAUCAAGCUGCACACGUUGUUAAGAUGGAAGGUGGCGAGAAUGACUUGAUUGAACGUAUCAAGAAAACUAACUAUUUUGAACCCAUCUGGAAUGAUCUUCCUCAAUUGUUAGAUCCUUCUACUUUCAUUGGCCGUGCUCCUGAACAAGUUGAUUCCUUCUUACUCAAGCAUGUUAAGCCUGCAUUAGCCCCUUAUGCUGAAGAGCUCAAGAAGAAAUCCAAGGCCGAGUUAUUUGUUUAAGAUAUGUAUAUGUAUAUACUUAUAUGCCCAAGACAAUUAUUUGCUAUAUAAGAAAAAAAAAAAAAAA